AUGGGCAAAAAGAGAAAGGCCUCCGGCCGUAAUACCGACCCCAAAGGACCGCGGGAUUUUGAUCCCAAGGAUUCCCGCCUCGGCCCCAUUAGCACAUAUGAAGAUGUCGCCAAUUCAGAAGACGAACACUUUCUCAACCAAGACACUAUAAUGCUCGACGAUGAGCCUGGCAGUAAGCGUCGCCGCCAAGAUGACGACAUGGAGCUUUCCGACGAAGAAAUUCUCGGCUACCAAGAUACUGAGUCCGAGGCCGAAUCAGACGAUGCUGCCCCCGUGUCUGGGAAGAAGGCUUCCUCAGCCUCCGCGAAGAAGGCUGCCGACGACGAAGACGAUGAUGAGGAAGGGGGUGAUGGAGAUGCAGGAUGGUGGGGCUCAUCCAGAAAAGAAUACUACGAUGCCGACCGAAUUGAGACGGAGGCCGAUGCCCAAGAAGAAGAGGUCGAAGCAAAGCGCAUUCAGAAGAAGAAGCUAGCCAAGAUGCAGGAAGAAGACUUUGUCUUCGACGGCGAUGAAUGGCUAGCGGCUGAUGGCGAUGCAGAGGAUGACGAAGACACUGUCACUGAAGUUCUCAAGGAAAUCGAAGUAACUGACGAUAUGACGCCCAAAGACCGAUACCAGCUACUUGUUUCAAGAUACCCAGAGUUUGAAUACCUUGUCACCGAAUUCGAAGCCCUACAGCCAACGCUGGUCACGCUCAAGGCUGCUGCCAAGACAACAUCACCCCAAUCGCUCGAGUCUGUCAAAUACUGGGUUCUUGGAUGUUACGUCGCUGCCCUGGCAAGCUACUUUGCUAUUCUUGCAGCACCGGCUCGAGACACCGGAAAAGUCCAGAAACCAGCCGACCCAUCUGAACUGCGCGAUCACGAAGUCAUGGAAACACUUGUACAAUGUCGCAGUGCGUGGACCAAGGUUCAGAACCUGCAGUCUGUACAAGUCGUUGCCGAAAAUGACGAUGACAGCAUCGAUGAUACCGCCGCUGCCGAGGAUAUUGCCAUCGAGAAGCGCAGUAAGAAGAAGUCAGCCAAGGACAAGGCUGAUGCAGCCAAGAAGAAGGCCAAGUUGGCCAAAGCCAAGGAGAUCGAAGCAUCCGUUGCUGAUCUAUACAACCUGCCGCUGUCCAGUGGCAAGCUGAAUAAACCAUCGAGGACAGUUGGUCCCGCAACGGAUGACAAUUCCGACUUUGGCGAAGAGGAUGCCCUUGAUGCCCGCACUGCCGCCGACAAGGCUGCUCGCAAGAAGACUCUCAAGUUCUACACAUCUCAAAUUGCCCAGAAGGCGAACCGCAGAGCUGGUGCUGGCCGUGACGCUGGUGGUGACGAAGAUAUUCCUCACCGCGAGCGUUUCCGUGAUCGUCAAGCGAGACUGCUCGCCACAGCCAAGAAGCGUGGUGAGCGAGACUCCAAACACGGCGCCGACCUGGACGAUGACAGCGACGACGACCAGGAUGCCACGGCGAAGGCGGUCCGCGGCGAAGAAGACGAGUACUACGACAUGGUUGCCCAGAAGGCCAAGGAAAAGAAGGAAGACAAAGCCGCCCGCUACGCCGCCUACGCGGCCGCCAGCAAGGCCGACCGCGUGGUCGAGACGGAGCAGAUUGGCGAGGAUGGCAAGCGCAAGAUCAACUACGCCAUUGAGAAGAACAAGGGCCUGACGCCAAGGAGGAAGAAGGACGUGCGCAACCCGAGAGUCAAGAAGAGGAAGCAGUACGAGGCCAAGCAGAAGAAGCUGAAGAGUAUGAAGCCUGUCUGGCAAGGCGGCGAGCCCAAGGGCGGAUACCAAGGAGAACGGUCGGGUAUCAAUAUUGGUGUUGUCAAGAGUACAAGAUUAUAA